AUGAAGCCCCUAUACGUCCACGAUAUGCCAACAACGAGCGACUUUCAACUACUCGACAACCAAACCAAUGCUGUCGAGAGCGGGAAAGAGUACUUUCUCAAGCUGGCCGAUCCUAGUUUGACGCACGAUGUCUUGAGUUUCCAAUACAGUCGUGUUCUCCAUGGCACAGCCGACCGCGAGGACCCGAUAGUGACGUGCGAGUUCAUCGAUGGCAUAACGUAUCUAAAGCACAACAACGAGUUUUUGUACAUAUUCGACGACGGAACUACGGCGGAGAUUGGGUUGACGGACGACGUUCCCAAAAAGCAUCAAAGACUGCGACUGGUUGUAUCGGACGAGGACAACGCAUUUCAAAUCUCCAUGUGGGAUCGAGACCUUUUCGCUUACUUGGAAUGGUUCAAAUGCGCUUACGCCGCUUUUUGGUUCCAGCACGGUAGUGGUCAAUCCGGCGGUGAGAGACUCAUCCUUAGCCCAGUGUAG